UUCAAGCUUCGCUCUCUUCGAGGCGUACUUUGUGUCUGCUUUGAGGACGUGUUCCGUCAACACACCCUUUUUCCGUCGCCCGUUGAUAGUAGUAAAAUGACUCGAUUAGUGUAGAUUUCAGUCAUCGAAAAGGACUGCAAUGCUCUCGAAAACGCACAAAUUAAAUGUGAUUAGUGAAAAUGGUGAAAUUUUCAAGUGGAAGAUGAAGCUUUAGGAUUACCAGCGAAGUAGGAUGAGGACCUCUAUAAUUAGUACGGUUGUACUUUUAGAUGGUUGUGUUUAUCUUCGUUCCUUGCUUGCCUUGUCUACACGAUACUGGCGACGAGUUCAGUUGCAGCAGUGUACGUGCGGUCACGGCUAAGGUUUACAUUUUAGUGCAAUUUGUGUUGGUUUGUUCCGUUUGGUGUUUGCUUGGUGUGAUACAUUCAUUCUGUCGUGUUUUGAAUUGUCCUGCUCAAUGUACCUAUUUAUACCGAAUCGGGAAGGUGCUGUUUUUAUAUAAUAACAUCUAAUGCAUGUGCAUGGUACGAGCGCUUCAAUGGGAAGUUGAUAAGUGAAGUGAUGGCAUUGUUAUAACGAAAGCAUAGUAACAAUGUUUCUCAAUGAAAAACAAAAUAGUGUUAAGUGAGUGUUUUUGUGUUUAGUGAAAUAUGUAUCGCGUUUAAUAGUUAAUUCGAAAGUAGCUAAAGUAAUGCAAGGCGCGCAGGAAUAUAGAGGAUUCGUCGUACAUAGACUCAUCUAGCAUCUUAGCAGAAUAAUCUUCACUGUACUCGAAUUUUAUCACAUAACAGGACCACCGAUGGCUGAUUCAAAUGAACUGCUGCAUCUGCAGGUGAUGCGCAACGAGUUGUACGACUUAGACAUUGAAGACAUCAAAGAGGAUAUGAUCGGUAGGCGGAUCUUCAGCCAAGCCGAUAUAGCUGAUAUCCUUGAGGAAUCGAACGAAGAUCACCGCUUGGAUCUGAUAUUUACCAUCCUGGAGCAGAAGCUCCACAAAGGGCAGAUCCUGAUCGUCAAGGAAUUCCUGGAGGUCCUCAAACCCUUCUACAGCUGGAUCGUUGAACGCCACGAGAAGAACGUUCGAAAUGGCAACAGUGGACCGAUCGAAGGCUACCUUUCCUAUCGCAACAAUACAACCGUACCCAACAUCGACGAGCUGAACGUCUACCGACGGGAGCAGCUCUGGGAGAUCCGGAAAUAUCUCAGACAGCUGAAACACGGUGUACACGGCCAGCGGUAUCUGUUUGUCUACGGAGGAUUCGGGACCGGAAAGUGGACUCUGGUCAGCAAGGCGUGCGAAAUCUUUUCGAUCGUCGAGCAAAUGGGCUACCACAUCUUCUAUCUCAGUCUGGCCAACUGCAAAGCUGGUGAACAAAUCCUGGAGCAGCUUGAAAACCUCAGCAUUCAAAUGGAAACUAAUAACAAGUUUGACGACAUCGCCUACGACGGACGAUAUCCCACCAAUGAAAUUCACCUGAGAAAGCGACGUCUCAAACACCUGUUCGAGAACCAUUUUCGAAACAGUUUGCUAAUUCUAUCGCACGUGCGCAAUCCUGCCUUGAUCGAGAAAUUUGACCUAAAGUGCAAGACCCUGGUCGUCACCAGUAACAUCGAUGUCAUCAAUCAAGUGAACGAAAACGAACGUUUCGUAGUCAAGCUAAACCCCGGAUUCACCGAAGACGAAAGCAUGGAACUGUUUGGGAAGGCACUCCUUCUGAAGUCGGAUCACCUGCCUAGGGAGGCGCACGAUAUUCAUCAGAUGUGCCGAGGAAAUCCAUUUGUGAUCAAAUUGAUUGCACGAAAGAUGUCCGAGUAUGGUAAUGAGUCCAAAGCAUCGAAUGCGUCUGUUGUGCGAGUGUGGCAGAAAUUGGCAAACGAUCUGAAUAGAUAUUCGAUCACGAUCGAAAACACAACCAUCCGAUCGAUAUUGGACCAACUGAGCAAUGAGGAGCAGGAAGCGUUCCGCAGUUUGGUGAUCUUCCGGGAUAACGUCAAGAUUCCGCAGAGUGUCCUUCAACGGUACUGGAACCUCUCGCCUGAGAAAUCGGAAACCCUCGCCACGAAGCUGAUCAACAAAGGCCUGCUGGACAAACGGUUCUGCAAAGAUCAACAGAUCUUCUACGUCCUGCACUAUGUAUGUUAUAGCUUCCUACUAAAAGAAAACCCAGGUGAAACUUAUGCUAACCUCCAUCGCCGAUUGGUCGAAAGCUAUAGAAUUCCGCAACCGCACGCUUUCCGCAACCGCACCGAACUGGACCUGAUCAAGAUCUUCCCGAACGAUGACUACUUCCACUUCUACGUCGCCACCCACCUGGAGCAUUCCGGAAUGCACGAUCUCUUUCCGAACCUCUUUACGGACUUUGGAUUCCUGGAGCAGAAGGUACGGUACACCGGUCUGCCAAACACGGUCGGUGACUUACGGCUGUUCCAGCAUCGGAUUUUCACUCGCAUGGACAAUCCCGACUGCUACGCCGAAAUGCUGACCGAGUUUCUUAUGGGAGCGGAAGUUCUGCUGUCCAAAUCAGCAGACGCGUGUCUGCUUCAGCUGGCUCUGAACUGCACCGGAAUGAUAGCCGACGAAGCAAAACAGCAAGCCAGCCAGUACAACAACCGGGUUUGGUUCUGCGAUAUCGAUCACACCCAUCAGCAUCAGUUGGUUCAGGUUCGCAGUGCUCCACACAAGGUGCGCUUCCAGGAUACAGGAUCGGCAUUGGUUAGCCUGGACAACAACCAAAUCUCUCUAGUGGAUCUCUCGCCAUGGUAUUCGGCACCGGCUACCAUAUUCGAUGGUAAUCAGGGUCGUGUGAAAGACAUGCAGAUGGUCAACAGCGUCCUCGUUGCACUGGAUGACAAGGGAACGUUAAAUAUUUGGUCGAUGAAGAACAUCCCGCAGGACCGGAACGCGCGUCAACACGAAAGCGACGGCAACUUCCGCCGAACAUCUCAGAGUAUAAGAUCACUCGAUCCUGUCGAGGAUCCCUUCGUGAACUUCAGUAUUGUCCUCCAGAAAAACCCAUCCAACGACGCCAGUAUUAAACCAGCCGAUUUGUUUGUCAUAACAAGAAAUGGAUUUCUGCAUUUUUACACCGGAACUAAUAACUUUCAGCAGACUAACCGCCAUAAUACACGGAUCAAAAACACCUACAUGAUCAAACCGCUGCUCGAGGGUCCCACCAAAAUACCCAAACUUCUCUUCCUCACCGAGGACAAUUAUGGCUACAUUUUUAACCUAACCUCAACAAGCAUCGAAUACCGGUUCGAAGAACCCCAGGUCGUCAAUGUCCACUACACGGGUAAAGCAUUAAUUUCGGUGUGCCCGAAUCAAAUCAAGUCACGAACUUUCAAGCGAAACGAGCGUAACCAAUUGCAAACCGAUCGACUCAAGGUGAUCUACGAAACACCGAAACACCAUCAAAACACCUGCAGCGCAAUCUCAGAUGACUUUGAAUACAUAAUUCUGGGAACGACUCAAGGGAUCUCUAUAUUCAAUAUUCAGGAUAGCGUGGAAGUUUUACGGACCAACAUCAGCCAUAACAUUCUGGAUGUGGACAUUUUCUCCCUGGAUGACGAUCGGUACAGAUAUAUCUUGAUCUCCUCGUCCGAAGACAGCGAAAACGUGAUCAACAUGUACUCGCUUAUGGUAAAGGCACACAACCAGCUGGUCAGCAACCAGUACCAACUGCAAGGCAACAUAAAUUUUCUGGUGGACUUGGAUCACGAACCGGUGACGGUGAAAACAGUCGAUCGCAAACGCAUAAUUCAAGAAUUGCAGUUCUCUACAGUCCACGAGAGAGAGGACUUUAUCAAGUUAACACCGACAAGCGAGAAUGGCCCACUAACGACUGAGGUAGAGCAGCUGAUUCAGUGCCGAUCCGGAUUCCACAUCGGACUUAAGAACGGUGAUGUGCUCCAGUUGAAGGACUGGAGCAACCCGAAGGAAGGACCGGAAACGUUGCUCCGCUUGGGCGAACCAAUCAGUUUGCUGAAGUGCUACGACGAUCUCCAGCUGCUGGUGGCUGCUACGGAAAACAGAUGCAUGAUCGUUAUCGAAGGCCAUCCGGAGUACGAAAUCAUUGACGAAAUUUGUGAAUGCUAUCUGUAUUUGGAUCGCUACCUGCUGUUAAUCUACGAAAACUGUACCAUUGAGAUUUUCAACGUAGUAAAAAAGGUGAUCGAAACCCGCCUCCGUCAAAAACUUACCUACGCUGCGUCGGCAUUCAUCAACCAAUGCCUGAUCAUCUGUACAACGGAUGCUAUCUAUCAAAUGGGCCUCAAUCCGGAUGAAUACGGUCGCCUAGAAAUACAGGUGCUACACGUCUACGGUGCGUCGGAAAAUUCCCCACCGAAAUGGAUUUCCUGCUGUGCUAUGUCUACCCACGGAGAACUGCUAGCCGUUGGGUACAGAAAAGGUACCAUCGAAGUGUACAAUACGGAAGAACGCAAACUGAUUACCGAACUGGAGUCCCACAAAUGCGAAGUGGCAUCACUGUACUUCAGCCCUUGGCAUGAAGCCAACAGUCCACACAUACUGGUCAGUAUUGGAGAGCAGGUCGUAUUCUGGAGCGUGGACUACGUCAUCAACAAUCCCCGGAUGGAUUCGAACGAUUUCAAAAGGCGCUCCAAUCGCUACAAAUCGCGAUCUUCUCUUGCGUCUCCAGCCAUCGACAUCCACCAUCGAUCAUCAUUUGGUAGCCGAUCAUCAGGACUUUCCUCACCCUUGGCUGCCAGUCCUGCUCGAAAUGGAUCGUUCACCUUCGACAUAGACGAAUCCGAACAGCAGUGGCUCAGUAAAGUUGGAUCAUCCAAUAAGCCCCAACUCCUGUCCUGCAUCAAGCUGAUCGGUUCGGCCAAGAAACUGAUGAUCAGUAGAGAUUUCAAAAAAUUCUUCACCAUCGACGACGAAGGAUACCUCUAUUAUCUGAGAUUAUACCAGCCAGAUCGGAACCAAUUGACUGACAACCGUUUACGACCACCGAACGGAUCCUUCCACAUCUGACUAAUGUCCCGUGGAUUUACUCGAUCUGUGGUAACCUCGAUCUACUACAUGCUGAUGUACAUCUUCUACACUGCCGUAUUGCAGUAGAGUUCAAAAACAGUGAUGCAAAAAAAGUUCUUCGGUGCCAACAAUAGAAUUUGACGUCGAAACGUGCAAUACUCGUGCUACCGCUUUCGAUGUGCGACCACGAUACGAGUAGUUCACGGAUUUUUACUUAAAUAUUUUAUUUUGUUUUUUGUAUAGGUUAAUCAAUUGCUAGAUCGUAAGCGAUAAAGACACAACAAACAUUGAGUGUGAUAUGCCAUUUUUACAAACGAUUGUGAAACGAGAGGAAAAGACGAACAAAUUUUCAAAUUUACAAAGUAUUACCAGUUGGAAGAGGUUUUUACACACAUGCAUUGCAUUAGACUAAGGUAAGAUCGCAAUUGUGAGAAGAAAGACCUGAUUCGAGAGUUGAUGUGGUUUUAAACGAAAUUUUUAGCAAUUUUUAGAAGCAAUUCGAUAGUAAUGAAAUUCUAGGAUGUUUUUCUUAUGUUUUAAUAUGUCACACUCUGGCAUUUACUUAUACACACAAAGAUUUUAACGCAUAGUUUUGCUCAAAAUAAUGCAUUUGAUUGCCAUACGUGUUGAAGGAUUUCUCUGAUAGUUCAGUUUAAUUUGUAUGUAACAUCCCUACUUUAAAAUAGAUAUCAAUACAUACCUAUAUACUUUCACAAAAUAACUUUGUGAACUCUUAUUUUCGUCCAUCCUAG